UUGAGAAAACACAACCCACGAGGUCGAUACAAAUCGUGUUAGGCAAACCGCUGUCACCUAAAGUUCGUGCCCCAGUCUAAUAACUGCCCCGGUUUUCAUGUCAACUCUAAUCCUGUUCUGAUGUCUAUCUGAACGCACCUUUCCCCUAACUCCCACAGACAUGUCAAGAUAUACCGCACAGAUAGCACCGAUCGCGUGUCAGGUCCGGUAGAAUCAUACUACUGAGGGAAAAGGCAAGUUUAGGCAGUGGAUAUGCUCUUGGGUGGACCUACAGUUCAGGUGUUCACAGGUAAGGGGGCGUUGCCCCUUGGGCGGAACUUUCAUUUUCAAGUUUCUCGGCGGAUCGAUUUCCUGACCAAUCAAGAGCCUCGUCCAGCGCAUGCGUUCGGCAGGUGAUACAAACAAGAUGGCGCCCAUUUAUGGUUCCUGAUUGCUGUUCUUCCCUCGUACGGACCGGAGUAAUAGUUUGGGAUAUAUCGCGAGUGCAGAUCUGCGCUGAGAUCUAUCCGCUUGGAUUUUUAAGGCGGGAGGAUGAGUACCCAGGCGGCGUCGGUGACGGGUUUGGCCGCGCAGCUCGGCCUGCAGGCCGGCGGUGGAGGGUCGGGUGCUGCGACCGACGUCCAAAUGAAAACCACCAAGAUGAAAUUCGCUGUUCUGAUCGGGCUGAUCCAAGUCGGAGAGGUGUCCAACCGAGACAUUCUGGAGACUGUGCUCAACUUGUUGGUGGGAGGGAAGUUUGACCUUGAGGUGAACUUCAUCAUUAAGGAGCCUGAGAGCAUCCUGCACAUGUUAGAACUGCUGGAUAACUGCUCAACCACACUGCAGGCUGAGAUCUGGAGCAUGUUUAACGCCAUCCUGAGGAAGAGCACCAGGAACCUCCAGGCCUGUACGGAGGUCCAUCUCAUCGAGAAGAUCCUACAGAAGCUGCCCAGCACCGACGACAUGAUAGCAGGUGAGGACAAGUUCUACCUGUUGGUAGACCUGCUGGGUGUGCUGGCCAGUUACAGCAUCACAGUCAAGGAGCUCAAGAUACUGUUUGGUAUGCUGAAGGGAGACAAGGGCACUUGGCCCGUACAUGCAGUCAAACUGCUGAAGGUGCUGAGGCAGAUGCCACAGAGACACGGACCGGACACUUUCUUCAACUUCACCGGGAGACAUGGCUCUGCCAUUGCCCUGCCACCACUGGCCAAGUGGCCAUACCAAAGCGGCUUCACGUUUAACAGCUGGUUUCGCAUGGAUCCGCUUAAUACCAUAAACGUGGACAGGGAGAGACCGUACCUUUACUGUUUCCGUACCAGUAAAGGGGUGGGAUAUUCGGCGCACUUUGUCGGCUCGUGCCUGAUUGUCACAGCUCUGAAGGCCAAGGGCAAAGGUUUCCAGCACUGUGUGAAGUACGACUUUCAGCCAAGAAAGUGGUACAUGGUGACCAUCGCACACAUCUAUAACCGCUGGAGAAAUAGUGAACUGAAGUGCUACGUGAACGGGAAGCUGGUGUCAUUUGGCGAUAUGGCCUGGCACGUCAACACUAGCGAUACGUUUGACAAGUGUUUCCUGGGUUCGUCGGAGACAGCGGAUGCGGACCGUGUGUUCUGUGGGCAGAUGGGAGCUGUGUACGUGUUUGGGGAGGUACUGAGUGCUCACCAGGUCUCAGCUAUCUAUCAGUUAGGACCUGGAUACAUGAACCAGUUCAGGUUUGAGUCAGAGAGUGACUUGCUACUCUCAGAAACCCACAAAAAGUGUCUGUAUGAUGGAAAGCUGUCCUCCUGUAUCGUGUUCACCUACAACCCCAAGGCCACGGACGCGCAGCUCUGUCUGGAGUCAUCACCGCGUGGAAACCCGUCCUUCUUCGUGCACUCCCCCCACGCACUGAUGCUGGCCGUCAGCACUGCGUCCAAGGUCGUGCUGGAUGUUCGAGCCAUAGUGACCCAGUCUAUCCACAGUGCUCUACACUCGAUAGGUGGCAUCCAGGUUCUGUUCCCAUUGUUUGCUCAACUGGAUCAUGUGCAGCAGAAUGGAGAAUUGGACUACAGUGUGUGUUCCAUGCUGCUCGGCCUGCUGUCUGACCUCCUGCAGAGUUCAGUGCGGACCCAGCAGCAGAUGAUCCAGGCUAAAGGCUUCCUGGUCAUUGGCUAUCUACUGGAGAAGGCAACCCGCAAGCACAUCACCAUCCAGGUGUUGGACAGUUUUCUGCAGCUGGCAAAGUACCUGGCCUCCCUGCCGACAGGUGGGCCGCUCCUGCGCAACCUGCUGGACCACAUCCUCUUCAACCCCACCAUCUGGAUAUACACACCAGCCAAGGUCCAGAUGGCCCUGUACACGUAUCUGGCCACAGAGUUUGUCCAGUCAGCCAACAUCUACAACAACAUCCGGCGGGUCAGCACGGUACUGCAGCUGAUGCACACGCUCAAGCACUUCUACUGGGUGGUCAACCCCCAGGACAGGAGCGGCAUCGCACCCAAGGGGAUGGAUGGCCCCAGGCCCACACAGAAUGAAGUGAAAUCCCUCAGAGCCUUCAUGUUACUCUUCAUGAAACAGCUGAUACUUAAGAAGCACCCGUCUCCCUUGCCCUUGCCCAUUCAGGAUCAAGGAGUGGACGAAGAUGAACUCCAAGCCAUUCUCAACUACCUGCUCACUAUGCAUGAGGAUGAGAACCUGCACGACAUCCUGCAGCUGCUGGUGGCGCUCAUGUCUGAACAUCCUUCAUCCAUGAUCCCUGCCUUUGACAAGAGGAAUGGUGUUAGGGUUAUCUUCAAGCUUCUGGCAUCAGCUAGUGAAGGCAUUAGGGUACAGGCUCUGAAAGUCAUGGGAUACUUCCUGAAGAACACCAAUGCAAAAAGGAAGAAUGAGUUGAUGCAGGCCCACAGCCUCUUCACCCUGCUGGGGGAUAGACUCAUGUUACACACUGACACUCUCAGUAUGACGACAUAUAAUGCUCUGUAUGAGAUCCUGACAGAACAGGUGUGCACACAGGUGUUACAUGUGCCCCACCCUGAGCCGGACUCCUCCUGUAGAGUACACAACCCAAUGAUAAUGCAGGUGGUGGCACGACUGAUUAAGAACUCCAGAGCUACAGAGAAGGUUCUGGAAGUGAAGAAACUCUUCCUGUCUGACAUGAUCAAACUCUUCAACAACAGCAGGGAGAACAGACGCACCCUGCUGCAGUGUUCCGUGUGGCAGGACUGGAUGUUCUCCCUGUGUUACAUCCACCCUGCCAACAAGGAUGAGCAGAAGGUGACAGAGAUGGUGUACUCCCUGUUCCGCAUGCUGCUGUAUCAUGCCAUGAAGUACGAGUAUGGAGGCUGGCGCGUAUGGGUCGACACACUCGCUAUCGCACAUUCCAAGGUGUCGUUUGAGAACCACAAGAACCAGCUGGCUAAAGCCUACGAGCAAUACCAGAAGUUUGACUUGGAGCAUGGAGAAGUCAGAAGCAUAUCAGCCAUGUCUGAGAAAGGAACCGGCACCCCCCCAGGGGUCAGCCCUGUGAGAAUUGUGACAUCUUUUCCAAAGACCAGCAGCUCUGGGAAGACAGACCAACAGGCAGCUGCUGACAGUAGUGCAACAGCGCCCUCUGGCACAAAAUCCGUAACUGCAGAUGGCAAUGCAGAGGGGAGCAAUAGUCAGGCCAAUGAUGUUGGUGGGACAGCAAAUGGAGUUACCUCAAAUGUUGAAAGCACUGACAAAAAAGAUACAGCUACAAAUGGGAUAGUAGAACAACCCAAUGAAGUAGGUACCAAGUCAUCUAAUAAAACAGAAAUAGCUGCAACCAGUGACGGCACAACAGAAGUAGCAAAGGUUCAAGCAAGCACUGUGGUCUCAACCACACAGUCAACAAAUAGUAGCAAUGAAAAUGUUCUUGUGAAUGGGGAGUUAAGUCCUGUUAGCCCCAUACAAAAAGGCAUCAUAACUCUAUCUCAGAGCAUAGCAGGGUCUGGAAGUCAAGGAAGCGGAGAUAGUAGCAAACCAGAGCUACAGAACUUGGACAAUAAGGCCACUAAGGCUCCAGCAAAUAAGGAAGCAGCAUCUUUCCUGAAUUCAGUCAUAGACAACGUGGUGUCAAGGUUAGCAACCACAGAGACAGACUGGCUUUCGGGAAAGAACUUGGAGGAACUGUCCACGGAGGACGUUGCAAAGGAAGUUGCAGCUGCACUGAAACAAAGCCGUGGCAGCGAGAAGAUUUCUGACAAAGCUAUGCAAGACACAAGUGCAAUUGAUAAAGUGGCUGGCGUGGAAGAAAACGGAACUACAGAACAGUGUAGUGUAGCAGACGGCCAGGUCAAAACUGUUACAGAGCCCAAUGUCCAUGUGGAAACCACAUCGGAACCCCCAGCAGUGCCAGAUGCAGUGCAGGAUGGGGUUGAAUCUAGUGCCAUAAGCAAUGAAAAACCUCCCUCAGAAGAAGUCAGGACCAAAGAGGAAACAGUUGCAGCUAGCCCUAUUAGCAACGAACAUUCUACAGAGCAAGCUAAGGAGACUAAUGUGGCAGAUACUGGUGCUAAGACCGAGGACGUGAAUUCUGAAGUAAAGAACAGUAAUAAUGAAGCUAAAAAUGAGGCCUCUACUGAUGGUCUUACACCACAGAGUACAUCUGCUGUAGAAGCCCCCUCUAGCACAGAAGCAAAAACUGCAGCCACACCUGCAGCAACCAAUGGAGCAGAAGCAGCUCCCUCUAGUGAGAAAGAAAAAUCUGCAGCUUCUUCAGAACCAUCUGCAGCUACUACCACUACUGCAGGAGCUACCGCUACUGCAGCUUCUGCCACCACUACUGCAGCAACUACUGCAGCAUCUACUGCAGGCACACAAGCAGAAGCUACAGUGUCUCCAUCGCAGCAGCCCACAAGCCCCGCCUCGGGGACAGGGUCACAGAAGUCCCAGGGUUCCCCGGGGCAGCAGUUCAGCCCAGGCCCACGAACCAGCAUGUUCCGUAUCCCAGAAUUCUCCUGGUCACCUAUGCACCAACGGCUGCUGUCAGACCUGCUGUUCUCGUUGGAGACAGACAUUCAAGUGUGGAGGAGCCACAGCUCCAAGACAGUGAUAGACUUUGUCAACUCCAGUGAGAACGCCAUCUUCGUGCACAACACCAUCCACCUGGUGUCCCAGCUGUGUGAUAAUCUCAUCAUCGCCUGUGGGGGGAUCCUGCCACUGCUGGCCUCUGCUACCUCACCUUCUUAUGAGUUAGACGUGAUAGAGCCGUCCCAGGGCCUGACCAUUGAGGCUGCGAUAUCGUUCGUCCACCGUCUGAUGAACCUGGUGGACGUGUUGGUGUUCGCCAGCUCGCUGAGCUUUGCUGAGCUGGAGGUGGAGAAGAACAUGUCAUCAGGAGGCAUCCUCAGGCAGUGUCUCCGCAUCAUCUGCUGUUGUGCAGUGAGAAAUGUGCUGGAGUGUCGUCAGAAGGAGAAACCCUCUGCCAACGGGGCCACCAUCGCAGCCCCUGAUCUGAGGGAGAAAAACCUACAGUCCCUCCUACGAGGAGCUCAAGAAAUCGCUAAGGGUACAGGCACUGCCAGGGACCCCUCUGCUCCAUUCUCAGAGUUCAGUCCCACCAACUUUCAGUUUCUCAAUCCACAGGGCCCCAACAAUCAUCCUACCAAUUUGGCUGUGCAGAACCUGGUGGAGAACAUGGCGGGGUUGCCGGGCGUGGUCUCCAUGGUGACGGAUGCAGAGCGACUGCUACAAGACAUGGACAUCAACAGGCUACGGGCUGUGGUCUAUCGAGAUGUUGAGGAUAGCAAGCAAGCCCAGUUCCUCUGCCUGGCAGUGGUGUAUUUCAUCUCAGUCCUCAUGGUGUCCAAAUAUCGUGACAUCCUAGAACCCACGCACCCCGACCUGUCCCCGUCUGAGCCCUACCGUCGCACUCGCAGUGCCGUCAACUCUCCCACGGGACAGCCUGCUAACUUCGGCAACGCCAGCUGGAGAGCAAUGCAUGCUGCAAACCAUCAGGUUAUGGAAGGUGCCACUACUGGGAAGGUGGGGACAGCUUCUGAGGGAGGGGCAACAUCAGCAGCAAGCAAUGCAAAGGAGAAUAGCAGAUUAGAACAAAAGAAUGAUGCAAUAAAGAAAACAGCUGAGGUAAAAGAUGUAGCUGCAGUACCAGAGCAGUCAUCAGCAAAUACAAAAAAUGAAUCAGAAAGUGCAAAAGAUACGUCAGGAAUGGUUACAAGCGCAAAAGAAAUUUCCCCCAGUGUUCUAGAAACCCGCCCAAGCCCAGAAUCACAGUACGAAGGACUGGAUUUCGAAACUAAUGUUUUUACCAGUGAAAACACUCAGACACUACUCAACAAGGAGAGAAUGCUGGAAGAUGAUACACCAAAAGAUUCAAUGCAAGUUACACAAGACAAGAAGGAGGAAGAUAAGAAAGAAAGUCCAAAGCCAACAGAGCCAUCUGUGCAGCCUACAGAGGUCAAGCCUGAAACAACAGUAACAGAAACAACUGAGGAGGUACAAGACCAACCAUUGCCUGUUAAAGAGGACAAGUUUGAGGAGAUACCACUUGAAGAACAGGGGGCCGCAGCACCUGUCACUGCCACAGAGGUGAAAACACAGUGUGUAGAUGAGAAAAAAGAGGAGGAAGAUUCCCUGCCGACCCCGUCACACGUGGCUGCGUUGCUACGGAAACUAAAGGCCAUGUCCGCAGAACAGGACGACAAGCCUGACGAGGAGGUCAUACAGGCCCAGUACAGCCCCACAUCUGUGGUAUACGAGGUGACAGAGGAACCCCACACCAAACCUGCCGUCAACACCAAGCCUGUGAAGUGGAACUCCUUCGACAGGAGCAUCGUUAGGCACGAGCCGCCCGUCAUGAACACUAACGGCAUCAGUUCAAGUAAGACUGAAUCUACAGAUCAAGCAGUGGUGAUCCCCAGACCGCCCCCUCAGAUGGGCAUGUCAGGAGGUAUGAGGACCCGGUCUCAGUCCACACCGUCUGGGUUUGGUCCUGGUUCUGGUCUGCCCAGGCCUCAUAGCUUCCACUCAGGUUUCCCUGAGAGGCACAAUGACACAGUGACGUCCAAGCUGGAGCGGUCGCUGGAGACAGUGGCACCACUGCUGAGGGAAAUCUUCCUGGACUUUGCCCAGUUUCUGUCCAGGACACUAGUGGGGAGCCACGGGCAGGAGCUGCUCAUUGAAGGUCUGGUGUGUAUGAAGUCCAGCACAUCAGUAGUGGAACUUGUCAUGAUGCUGUGUUCACAGGAGUGGCAGAACUCUAUCCAGAAGCAUGCAGGCCUGGCAUUCAUCGAGCUCAUCAAUGAGGGAAGGUUACUCUCCCAUGCCAUGAAAGACCACCUGGUCCGAGUAGCAAAUGAAGCUGAGUUCAUACUCAACAGACAGAGGGUGGAGGAUGUCCAGAAACAUGCUGAAUUUGAGUCCAUCUGUGCCCAGCAUGCUCUGGAGCGUCAGGAGGAGGAGAAGAUGUGUGACCAGCUGAUCUCGGCAGCACGCCGGCGGGACCAGGUCACCGCCACUCAGCUCCGACAGAAGAUCAUGAACAUCCUCACCAGCAAGCACGGGGCCUGGGGGUCUCCUAAACAAGAACAGCCGCGGCAGUUCUGGAAGUUAGACUACUGGGAGGAUGACCUGAGGCGGCGGCGCAGGCUGGUGCGGAACCCUCACGGCACCACUCACCCCGAGGCCACCUUAAAGGCAGCCCUGGAACAUGGUGCACCAGAAGAUGCAGUGAGCCAGGCACGACAGGCCUUCCAUAAGGAGGUGGCGGCCAUGAAGGGGCGGGACUACGAGAUCCUGGAUCCUGAGGAGCUGCUGCUGGAGGAGAAGGAGCUGGAUGAGUUGGCUGGUCCCGUGGCCUUCAGCACUCCCUGCAGCCUGAUAGCUCCAGCGGUGGUUGCCAAGGGAACGCUGUCAAUCACCGCAGCCGAGCUGUACUUUGAAGUGGACGAGGAAGAUCCCAGCUACAAGAAAUUGGACCCCAAGAUCUUGCUGUAUACAGAGAGCAUCCAUGGCAAGUGGCACUUCCAUGACAUCGUGGCCAUCUUCUCACGCAACUAUCUCCACCAGAGGACAGCACUGGAGAUCUUCUUUGCAAACAGAUCCUCCGUGAUGUUCAGUUUCCCUGACCAGGCCACAGUCAAAAAAGUGGUGUACGCCCUCCCCAGGGUAGGGGUGGGAGUCAACUAUGGGCUGCCACAGGCCAGGAGAGUAUCCUUGGCAACCCCAAAGCAGCUGUUCCGUAUGUCCAACAUGACGGCCCGCUGGCAACGCCGCGAGAUCUCCAACUUCGAGUACCUGAUGUUUGUCAGCACGAUAGCUGGUCGUACGUACAAUGAUCUGAACCAGUAUCCGGUGUUCCCGUGGGUGCUGACCAACUAUGAGUCAGAGGAGUUGGACCUUACGCUGCCGAGCAACUUCCGCGACUUGUCAAAGCCUGUUGGAGCUUUGAACCCGAAGCGCCGAUCGUUCUUCCAAGAGCGGUACGAGGCUUGGGAUGACCCGGACGUCUCGGCUUUCCACUAUGGGACACACUAUUCCACUGCAGGCUUUGUUUUGAACUUCCUCAUCAGAUUAGAGCCGUUUACCACAAUGUUCCUGAAUCUCCAAGGCAACAAGUUUGACCAUGCCAACAGGACCUUCUCUAACAUCCUACAGACAUGGAGAAACUGCCAGAGAGACACAUCAGAUGUCAAGGAGCUCAUACCAGAGUUCUACUACCUGCCAGAAAUGCUAAUGAACAUGAAUGGGUACAACAUGGGCACAAUGGAGGAUAGUCGGCCAGUGGACCACGUGGUGCUACCAGCAUGGGCGAGGACUCCUGAGGAGUUCAUUAGGUUAAACAGGAUGGCUCUGGAAUCUGAAUUUGUAUCUUGCCAGCUUCAUCAGUGGAUAGACCUAAUUUUUGGAUACAAGCAGAAGGGUCCUGAAGCCAUCCGUGCAACCAACAUGUUCUACUACCUGACGUACGAGGGUAGUGUGAACCUGGACUCCAUCUCAGAUCCUGUCAUGAAAGAGGCCAUUAAGGACCAGAUCAAGAGUUUUGGUGUGACCCCCUGCCAGCUGCUGACCGAGCCACACCCGCCCCGCAGCUCAGCUAUGCAUCUGACCCCGAUGAUGUUUACCGACAUGAGGACGAACGACGUUCUGGUGGCGCUCAAGUUCCCCUCCAACUCUCCCAUCAUCCACCUCACCGCCAACACGCACCCCCACGUCCCCAUCCCCGCUGUCACCACGGUAACCGCUAACCUCCUCUUCUCCAUCAACAAGUGGAACGCGAGCGCUGCCACCUUUAGAGGAGCACCAGGGUACUCUCUGGAGCCCAACCAGUAUGCCAUAGAGGUGGACCCCCUCAUCUUGGCGGGGACGGGGGUUCACCGGCGCCAAGUGAACGACAUCCUGGACCAGAGUAUCCAGCUGAACUCCUGCUGCUGCAGGCUCACCUCCGACAACAGGCACAUCCUCAUCUGUGGCUUCUGGGACAAGAGCUUCAGGAUAUACUCCACUGACUCAGGCCGGCUGCUGCAGGUUGUGUAUGGCCACUGGGAUGUGGUGACAUGUCUGGCCAGGUCGGAGUGUUACAUCGGCGGGGACUGCUACAUCGUGUCUGGGAGCAGGGACGCCACGCUGCUGCUGUGGUUCUGGAGCUCCAGGCUACAGGCCAUCACAGGAGAGCCUCACAACAGCAACAGGGUUGAACGUGCCAUUCCCAAGACCAUCAUGACCGGCCACGAGACAGAGGUUUUGAGUGCCUGUGUGUCCGCAGAGCUGGGCUUAGUUAUCAGCUGCUCAAGAGGUGGUCCAGUCCUGGUGCACACCAUCAACGGAGACCUGCUGCGCUCGCUGGAUCCCCCGGAGUUCUGCGUGAAUCCGACUCUGGUCAAGAUGUCGUGCGAGGGUCAGGUGGUGGUCAGCUACGACAAGGGCCACCUGUCCCUCUUCACCUUCAACGGGAAGUUCUUAAGGGCCAUGGAGCUGAACGACAACAUACUGUCGAUGGUACUGAGUGCAGACGGUCAGUACUUAGUGACAGGAGGAGACAACAGGAUAGUGGAGGUUUGGCAGACCAGCAACUUCAAACUCCUCUACACCUUCCCUGGUGUGGACAGCAGUGUCAGGGCCCUCGACCUCACGCACGACCAAAAAACUGUACUAGUAGGUCUGUCAUCAGGCAGUCUGGUAGCCUUCAACAUUGACUUCAACAGGUGGCACUAUGAGUUCCAGGCCAGAUACUAGCUGAGGGACAAGUACCCCAUCUGGUGGGAAACGGGGUGCUGAGCACACACACAGGACCUGCACACCCCCACAGCACAAAUGCACCGGUCCAAAAUCAGACAACCUGAGUCAACAUCUUGUGCAACUUGGACCAGUUGAUUCAUUUUGAAGGGGAGUAGGCCUGCUGAAUCAUUCUGGGGAAGGGGAGGGGGGAUUAAAAUAUGUGAAAGUGGAAGAAAGCUGUUGGUUUAUAGUGAAGCACUGAGUGUAUUGGUGACAGGAAUUGGUGCAAUUGACAGUUUUUGUAUGCACACAUUGAUAAUGAUACAGUCAUGAUCAUAAUACUGGAACUGUAUACAUAGGAACUGAAAAAUAUCUGUCGAAAUAGACAAAAAUUUCCAAAUAUUCCAAUUUUUUGCCAUUCCACAGCGCAGAUAUCUGUAGUGAUGAUGUACAUGUAUGUAAACUAAGGCUAGACAGUGACAUCUGUCAAAUGUUGAGAUGAAAAACAGAUAUUCUGCUACUGAUGCUUUUAACUUUAACCCAAAACUGCAGACUGGACUAGCAUUCCAACCAUGACUAUAGGCUUUUCAACUCUUCUUAGAAAAUGUUUCUUAAAUGUAGAAGAGAAGCAAUUUCUGUUUCUUAGUUGUAAAUUUGAAGUAGAGAUUUAAUGAUACUCAUGAAAUAGUAGUAGAAAUAAGACUGGCCAAAGGUGCAAAACAUUAUAAGUUGAUUAUGAAUCAAAUCUAUGUUUGAGUGAGAGAAUGGUAUCAUAUAAAGUUUAAUUCUUGUGACAAUCUUUUCAGAAGCAUAUUAAACAAGAAGAUGUAUUUAUCUGAUUUAAGUUAUACAGCAGAGUUAUGUAUUGAAAGCAAAAGAAUUGAUGUAGAAAUUGUGAAAAUUCAGUAGCUCUUAAUAGAUUGAAAUAUAUAAGUCUAUAAGUCCUACUCAUUAUUGUAUUAUUCCAAAAAAAUAGUCUCUAUAAUGCUGACAUAUCAAUAAAGGUAAAAAAAAAACACAAAUGCAUAUUUGAAAUAAUGUUUUAUUACAAUUGCUUGAAUUCUCCAGAUACAUUAUUGUGAUAGUAGUUUUUGAAAGCAAUGUAACGUCAUCGGAGAUUUAUUUCAAAAGCUACUGUCAUGCAAAGUAUAAUCCAAGUCAGCAUAGUCACUUUCCUUCCUAAAGAUAAGUAGGAAGGGUAAUAGUUUGCAGCAUUCUGUAAUCUUAUGUAAUCUAAUUUCCUUAGGAAAAUACUUAUAUAGCUCUGUUCCAGUGGAAAGACCUUUCCAUGGUGUAAUAAUGGGGAAAAUAACCCAAAACAUUGAACUGUGAAGUUGAAAUUUCUUUUAUGACUGAAUAAUAGGAUACAAGCAUUCAUUGUACAACUUUACUCACUGAAAUUUCAAAUAAAAGGAGCAAAUUGCCACCUAAGAAAGAUACUGUAACUAAAAGCAGCCCAGGGCAUAUAAGCUGCACAUCUGGGGAAAGAGAGUACCAUGUACCUGUCAUAAUGUUAUUUGUUGUUGUUGUGUUUGUUCAGCAUAUAAGGUAUCAGUGCCAGUAAUUUUUAGAACAAAUGUGACAAUCUUAUAUCGUUUCCUCCAAGAGAAAAUGUCAUACAAAGUGUACGAGAAAAGUUUUCCUCAGACAGUGUUAAGAUUUAGAAAUUUACUGCACAAUUAUUAAUUAAGUAGGAUCUAAAGAUGUACAUAAUGCCUAGAAAUAAAUAGAACACAGUCUGUAAAAGAUGGAAAAUGUUACAGCCAUUCCAUGAAAUUGCCUUUUUUAAAGCCAGAAAACAUUCCAUCGCUAUACAUUUCAUCAUACAGGGUCAAUGUGCAUCGUUUUGCAGAAUAGAAGAUGGUGUUAGAUGUAGUUUAAGUGAAGUGAUCGUCUUAUGUUGAAGUUGAGUAAUUGUGUAGUCAAUCAGAAGCUGUAAUUUCCCAUUAGUUUGUUUUGGAGUGAGCCUCCUUGAAGUGUGAUAAAAAAAGUUUGUAGCUGGGGCUACUUUAGUGUUAGAGUUGGCAAUGACAAAAUUAUUUCAUGCAACCACUUUUGCUAAUAAUGAUAUAAUCAAUGAAAUUGAAUUUUAGCACUUUGCAAAGGUAUGUACAUGCACAUGUCACAAAUAUGUAGAUUAGCUAUGAAGGAACAAUUUGAAAAUAUGUAUGUAAUGCCUUUGCCACAAGCACUUGUUCCUGCUACUGUCACAUAUCAUAGCUUGUACAUGUGCCUCACACAUAGACACAAAACGAAAUCUUGUGAAGUCAUUGGAUGGACUUUACAAUGAUGGGUUGCCACCAUGCAUAUCAAUAGAUGUUAGGAAUAUUACAGAAAAAUUUGAAGUAUAAAUCAUAGGACAUGAUUGUAGUUGCAGCAGGAAUUAUCGGUAACAUUUACUGUAUAUUCCAUCAGGAUGUUUCUGACAUUUCGGUGAUGUAUUUCAUGGCCAGGAGAAGUGAAUGUGUGUGCUGUUAUGUUGGGUAUGUUGUGUGUAUAUUUAUGCAAUGUUGGGCCUAAAUCUGACUGUCAAUGGAUAGACCGGUGGUGGGUGUAUACUGUCACUGCAUUUCAAGUAAAUAAAAGGAAAGACCAUGACCUGUGAUGUUGAA